AUGCUGAGACCAACUUGUGUGACUUCUCUAUCGGGGACUCAGAUUGAAGCGGUUGCAGCUGGACUGUGGCAUACUAUAUGCAUCUGCACAGAUGGUCGUGUCUAUGCUUUUGGUGGACAUCAAUUUGGGCAAUUGGGUUUGGGAACAAAUUCUGAUCAAUGUGAGGCACCGGAAUUCCAGUUCACCUUGCUGGUUUUGAAUAUUGAAGGAGAAGCUUAUGUGGGACUUGGGAGGCAGGGCUUUGACUACCUUUAUGAGGUUAUUUUCAGAGUUCGAAUUGAUUUGCCAACAAUUGAUUAG